AUGUGUUGCAUAUUUAAAUAUUUUUCUUUUACUGUCGAUCUUAUUCAGAGGAUAUGGACGUUUCUAAUGUCAUGUUGUAUAGCCGGAGCUAUUUGUUGCUUGUUCUUUGUCGUUUCAAUGGCUGGAAUAGCACUUGGUUAUAACUAUUCUAUAUCUGAGUUCAUAACCUUAAGAAAUUCACAAGUGUCUGUUUUUAUGAAACGCGAUGUAACUGAAGAUACAUCAAGAGGUAUAAAUUGGCGGCAUAGUAAAUCUGAAGACCAACGACGCCCUUUUAGUAACCAAGGUUUUUUUAUAUGCUAG